CACACACACACAUGCAUGCAUGCAUACACUCUCCCUUCUCUCACUGUCUCCCCUAUCUCUCUCCCAGUCAUACUCGGUCCUGUGCAGAGUUGAGGAGCCCUGGAGAGGAGAUGAUGCUGGUGAUGUUUCUGUUGGAGCUCUGAGUGAUGAUUUUUUUUUCUUUUCCCUCUUUUAAAAAAACUAGAAAACUAGACUCAGAGCAAUGUUGAUGCAACAGCACCUCUUCCCUCUGCGCUGUGUUGAUCUGCCUGCCUCCUGCCUAGAAUCAGCCCAUUUUGGGGGGAUUUAAACGAUAGAGAGUGUGCUGCGCCGGCUGUGCGCUCUGCAGUUCUGGUGCGCCGGAUCUUCUUCUUCUUCUUCUUGUCUUCUUUAUCUCUCCACUGAAGGAUGCUCAUUUCUUUCCAUGAACAGGGAUAUUACUACUACAACUACCAACACUCUUGUCGCUGCUGCUGCUGUCCACUUCUCUGCCCCAGUCAGAUCGCAGUGUGAGGCGCCCCGGUCCCCUAAAGGGAAGAAGAAGCAUGUCAGAGGCACCCGUGUUGCACAUGGAAAUGAGCUGUCUGCUCCUGGUUCUGCUGGACUCCAGCCUCUAAACCAGACUUGAGAUUAUCCAAAAAAAAUCACAGAUCGCAGUUCAGGUCCUGAAGAAAUUGGGGAUCCUAAGUGUUCCUUUCUGACAAGCUGAAAAUUCCUGUAUCACUGUAUUUCGAGGAGCGCCAGCUGCUUAAACCCAGCUCUAUGGUUUUCUGAUUUGUCCAAGACUGCAAUUUUGACAUCUGACUAAGAGUGUACGUAGUCUUGGCACAUCUCUUUAAGGCCAGUAUGGAGAGGAGGAAUGAUUACAGCGACCCAUAACUGUCUCAGCGUGACGUGUGAUUAGAGAAAUCCCCCGGACCUUGUCAGAAACUCUGAAUCAGCACACUCAUACACUGAGAUGACCCAAGAACAGUGCACUCAUAGGAACAAUGUCCAGAGUUCAGAGAAACCACAAGUGUACAAAGUGGGAAUAUACGGCUGGAGGAAACGCUGCCUUUACUUCUUUGUCCUGCUGCUGAUGAUCCUGAUCCUGAUCAAUUUGGCACUAACUAUCUGGAUCCUCAAGGUCAUGAACUUCACCAUAGACGGCAUGGGCAACCUCAGAAUAACAGAGAAGGGCCUGAAACUGGAAGGGGACUCUGAGUUCCUGCAACCCCUCUAUGCCAAAGAAAUCCAGUCCAAACCAGGCCGCCCGCUGUUCCUGCAAUCGUCCAGAAACGUGUCGGUCAAUAUCGUCAACAGCAACAACCAGCUUCUCACGCAACUUGUAACAGGAUCCAAUGGAUUUAAAGCGCGAGGCAAGAUGUUUGAAGUCAAAUCCACCUCUGGGAAGCUCCUCUUCUCCGCCGAUGAGCAGGAGGUGGUGGUGGGUGCUGAGAGGCUCCGAGUGAUGGGGGCCGAGGGAGCCGUGUUCAGCAAAUCAGUGGAGACGCCGCAUGUCAGGGCCGAGCCAUUCAAAGAGUUAAGGCUGGAGUCUCCCACUCGCUCCCUACUGAUGGAGGCUCCUAAAGGCAUCCAGAUCCUGGCUGAAGCGGGUGACAUCCAGGCCAUCUGCAGGAACGAGCUGCGAUUGGAGUCCAAAGACGGAGAGAUCUCUCUGGAUGCCCGGAGGAUUCGCCUGAUGCGGCUGCCUGAGGGGAAGGCCUCCACCAGCUCCUCGUCCUCUGGGACCAGGCAGACUGUCUACGAGGUUUGCGUUUGCCCCAACGGGAGGCUUUUUCUGUCCCAGGCCGGCACUGGAUCCACCUGCCAGAUCAGCAACAAUGUCUGCCUCUAGGACUGAUACAUGCAAAUAUAAAUAAAAUACACAGAUAUCCUGAAAGAAAGACUGGCAAAAACAGACAGAUGUACACAUAUCGCCUGCCUCUAGGACUGAUUCACAGCAAACACUACAUACAAAGACUGCCAGAGCUGAUGGAAAUACAAACAAUCUUAGAUACUGUACUUAUACAGACACACUGAUGUAUACACUUUACAACCACAAACAUUCAGACUGAUAUUUAGGCUCAACCGAUAUGUUUUAACAGGCCAAUACCGAACAAUUUUGGAUUGAAGCUCCUGACAGCUGAUAUUUUUGCCAAUAUUUAAAUGCUAAAAAGUAUUUUCUCCCUUAAUUUUAUAUGUUUCAGAGUGUAAAAGCCUUUGAAAUUAGCAUCUAGAGCAUCAUGGGAUACUAAAACUCUCCACUGAGUCAUUCACAUCUCUCUAAGCUCUUUAUACAUGCAGUACGGCUUUUAAACUGAAUGAUAUGGAUAAAGGAAGAAAUAAAAAUGUGUUGCAUUGCAGGUUUUAACAACUUUUUAAUACAACUGAGUUCAGAAAGGAAACUUCAUCUCCAUCAUAUUGGGAAUAUUGGACUGCUGGCUGAUACACUAAUUAAAGUAUUGGUAAUAUAUCGGUCUGACCCUAACAGUCAUACAUGCACACUAGCUUACAGACAUGCAUUCAAACAUGAACAUGGUGUAGAGACACACACACUCUCACUCUUUGCUCAUAGGAGCCUCCUGGUAGAACCUGACAGGAAAACUCUCCAGAGAUUUACUAGAAGAGACACUGAUCUGUUCUCCCUCAAGAGCAUUUCAGUACCAGAAUCACUAGGGUGAUCACCCAUCGCAACAAGCCCCACCCACUGCCCCCUUCCUUUUCCUCAUCUUCUCUUUUUCCUUCUGCGAUUGUACCACAGCUGAAAUGAUCAAAGGGUUUAUACUGGUUCUUUAAAGCCCCAUAGGCAUGCUACUGUAUAAGCACUCAGUUACAGCUAUUUCUAACAUGAAUUGUGUCAGGAUAUAAGAUGGUAUAAUAAACAUGAAGACUUGCCCUGGAUGUAUUACCAGAGCUGGAUACCAGACUCCCAUUUACCCGGAUGAAUGAAAAAAGGCAGCACACCAGCCCAAAACAAAUGUUCAAGCUCAUGGUUCAAGAUGUGUUCACUUUCAUAUGUGGUCCUAAAUCAGACACAAGUGUGUUAGAUGUGUUACAAUGAGACCACGUUUUAGCCCACUGAGAUGUCACCUAUUGGCGUCUUGAAAACUGUUUUGAAAUUUGGCAUUGUGGACGUCAUCAUCUUGUUUGUUUUCAGAGCCAGGAAGUGUCCAUAUUUGGACGAGAGCAUGAAGAUUGUUGCGAGUUCAGUUGUGCUUGGUUCUGAGUCCUCAUCCUCUCAUCAAGUCAUGUGAUGUCAGUCGUUUGACAUGUUACACUGGAAUCUCUUAUUAGCCACUGGGCUAGAGUGGCCACUGGGCUAACGGCGUCAUAUCCAGCUCUUUUGAUACAUCCAUGGGACUUGGACAGUUUCUGAGGUGGAUCCAGAUAUAUAUGUUCUAUAUACUGUAUGCAUUAAGUGCUGUUAGUGUGCCUAUGCAACAGUGCAUCAACAAUAGUCCUAUUUUGUGGAAAAGAGUUGUUGCUUAAGAGCAACAGAACUAAACUUCUUUAACUAAUUAGGCCAUUUGUAGCUCAAAAGGCAGACAGACAGAGAGUCGUUCACUGUUGAGGCUCUAAAUUGACAUUGCAGUGAAGCUGUGUAUCAGUAAAUUAUCCCACAAAAUAUUUAGCCCAUUGCAUUAUGACAAACAAUGACUCACCACGGCAUGUUUACAUCUUAUCACAGUCACCCAAAUGGGGAAAAACCAUUCAAAUUAGCUCCCCAGUUCUAGCAGCCAGCAGUGCUGUAUUUGAUUUAUUUCCAUAUUUAAACAGAAAGAUCUAUAAACGUGGCACAAGUGCUGCGACACAGACCUCAGCUUCUCAACUACUGGUCUAAUGGUGAUGAUGGUUUUUCUUUGUUUGAUGAGAUUUUUUUGGUUUUAUUCGAUGUAAUCUUUUGAUUUUAUGAAAAGCUGUUUUUAACUUUGCAUAAAGAGUGUCAGUGUUAUGUUACGCCUGCAUAAAUCCCGUCCAUGUGUCUUCCUACCAAAACAGCAUCACCCGCCUAUGAACCUGACAAUGAAGAAGAUCAUGAAAAGAAAAAAAAAACACUUGACAUCCUGUUAUAACCCUCAGCAGAACAUAAAUGUCCAAUGUAAGCUGCGCAAACCUUGGUGGUGGUCACCCUACUUGUUUCUUGCACUGGGACUUUUUUUUUUUUUAAAAAGGACAAAAAAACAAAACAAACUAACGCGAGCCACUCUGUUGAAAGAGGGGAACUGUGCCUGUGCCUUAUGUCGAUGCACUUGUGGCAAGAAGAAGCACAUCACACAGACUUUCUUUGGCAUCAAUGUGUAACAUGAUCUCUGAUUUCAGUUUCAUCCCAUCCACAAAUCUCUUUCCCUCUGUGUGAAUGCAAAGACCUUCAGCCGCAUCUGUCUCAAGCGCCCCCUGCUGUCAACACCUGACUCUGCUGAAGGAUGUGGCAUUUUUUUUCUUUUUUUUUACUUUACCUCUUUAACUUCCCCAGUUUUGGACAUCCCUCUUGUUGCUUUGCUUCUCAUGAUCCAAUGUGUGAAAACAUAUAAGUGUGUUUGUGUUUUUGUUUAAAGCGAUGAACAUGUGAUCCUGUGGAGCUUAAUUGAUAGAGUACACCACUGAUGGGUCUGAUUUCCACUGCAUAUCGCAAGGCACAAAAGAGACACUGUUAGACUCCAAAUAAAUCACUUAAUUCUCUUUUCAAGGCAAGGCGUUUUGUUCUAAAAGGCCCAAAGCAUUGCCUUGAAAGAGAAUUAAAGUAUUUUUUUGGAGCCUAACAGUGUGCAGUCCUUUCUCUUUUGUGCCUUGCAGUGAUAUUUUUUGUCUUGCACCUAAAUAUUUAUGCCUGGAUGUGCGCACUCUGCUUAUCGCAAACCAUCUGACCAAUAAGCAUCUAGUUUUUACAAAAAAGUUACCACACAAGAUCGGCAUGUCUUUACACAAAGGUUUAUUUCAUCUCUCAGCUCAACAGGAUAACUAAAGAACUUAAGCUGUAACAUAAGGAACAAUAUAAUGGUUUGAUUAAGGGUACAGACAGAAUCAUUGUGCUGUGUUGUGUCUGUUUGUGCUGAACGUAAGCGCUGUGAAACAAUCAGGAAAUAACGUUUUAUUUUGCUGAUGUAUCUAUGCCGGCGCUCCCACACUCUGAUUCACUGUCUAUUUCUCUCAACCAGUGUUCACUGUCUCCCUUUCUCUUUGUAUGUGUCUUUCUCUCUCAAACCAUCGGACGUAAACCAAGGAAGGAAACUUCUUAGUGUCGCUAUUUUGCAAUGUUAAGCCUGAAACAGAUUUAGAAGCUUGGUAUGUGAAAUAAACAAAGCCAGAACACAACAAGUAGAGUAUCAGAGUUUAGUCCACCAUGAACCCACCUGGAUAGCCUCAGUUUCAGUGGCAUUUCAGGCUGACUGUGGAGGGGUUUUUGACCGGUAUCAUCGUCUGAUUGGGCGCCAUAGCAUGAUGUCGGGCUGCAUGACAUCCAGGCUUUUCGGCAAACCGCACUAUCCCCACUGUCAUCAAGUAAAUGGAAAAACGUGUUUUCGAAGCAGCACUGAAAUCUGUCUGAAUGAGUUACUGAGUUACAGACAAAUGUAAUGUGAUUACUAUACCCAACACUAGUCUUUUGACUUUAUAAGAUGGAAGACCUUCUGUAAAGAUGUCAAGAUCUUGUGUUAUAACACCCACAAGCAACUAGACCUUUUGGCCAAGUAGCUUGUGAUAAGUCCUGAACACAUAGACGCGCAUAAAACGUGCACAGCAUUUUCUUUUUUUUUUACGUUGUUUAAAAAGUGUCACAACCUUUUCAAGAGUCAGGUGUAUCAAUCUUCUCGCUGUCUCUGAGCUUCUCUGUCGCUGUAUAUUAAAGGACUUUCAGAAAUAUUUCACAACAAAAUUGAUCCUAUCUGAUGUAUUUGUUUUUUUGAAUAUGUGUACACAAGAGAAAUCCACAUUUUUGUACGGUUGUAUGUGUAAAUAAUGUAUACAUAACCGCGUCGGUGCGCACCAGAUAAAGCCGGUGGAAGAAAAACACUGCUCUUUUGCAAAAGGGAAGACAUUUUUAUAAUGUACAUCAGUGUGUGUUUUUAUACUAAAUGACAAAAAAGAAAAAUAAUGCUAAAGGAUAUUCAUUGAGUUAGCAUGUACAGAAAUGUAUACAAUGUCCGCCUGUGGAGAACAACCAGGUUUUGUUUUUAUUCCUUCUGCUUCCUGUACUUGUCUCUCCCGCUGAGCUCAGAUGUUUCACACACAAACACAAACCUCCUUACUUUUCUGUUUGGGUUGUUGGUGUUCAGUCGGGCCCAAGGUCUUUGCAUUCUCACCAAGUGUGCUGUGUGUAAAUUUGUGCUACUAUAUGAGUGAGCUUUUGUUUUUGUUCAUCUGCUCCACAGAACGUCUUGAAGGAUUCUCAGAGACACAAACACAGAAACCAAAAGUAAAAAGUGGAAAAAGGAAAAAAAAAAGCAGAGAAGGAAAUGAUACGCAGCGUUACAAAGGAGUUGCAAUCAGUGAAUUAGUACAGGAACAUGCAACAAAAAUCCACUCACUGAAAAACCAAAUUAUAAAUCACACUAAAACAUUCUGAGAAAGUAAAUGAUUACAUUGGCAUGGGAAUAAAGAACUCUGAAGGUGAUUCGGUGAUGAUGGAUUACGUUGCUGAUUGAAUGAUAAUAUCGAGCAGAUCGCUGUUCUGUAAUGCAGCCCUGUGUUCACGCUGAGUGCUUUCUUUUCUUUCCUACACACUGGGAUUAACAUCCAUCCUGAAUAUUUACAUUUUUUCUUCAUUCUUCAGUCUGAAACUGCCGUUCAUGGAGUAGUUUUCAAAGAUGCCAAAAUAAAAGGCGUUUGCUCAAA